GCUCCCUCCCUUUCUGUGUCGCUGCCGAGAUCCAAGCUUGGCUCAGUCGUGGUCAGGGCUCCGUGAGCCUCUGCUGCAGGGCACAAGCGAGGGGGACCUUCAGGGAGCCUGCCCUGCCCUGCCCUGAGACAGCUUCCUUCCAGGACUGGGGACAGCAGGUGCAGAGGCACUGCAGCUGCCCCGUUGCCCAGCCUCCUGCAUGAUGCCAGCCCAGUGCCCCCUCGGCUGUGGUCUGGCUCUCCUGCUGUUGCUGGGCACAGCCAGAGCAGGCCCCUUCUCUCCACGGUCCAAUGUGACACUCUCUGCCCCUCGGCCCCCUCCGCAGCCUGGGGGCCGCACCGCGGAGACAGGUGGUGGAAGCCCCUCUUCACAGCUGUACGAGCACACAGUGGAAGGUGGGGAGAAGCAGGUGGUCUUCACCCACCGAAUUAACCUGCCCCCUUCUGCUGGCUGUGGCUGCCCCCCUGGCACGGAGCCCCCCGUCCCUGCUUCAGAGGUGCAGGCCCUGAGGAUCCGGCUGGAGAUGCUGGAAGAGCUGGUGAAGGGGCUCAAGGAACAGUGCACAGGGGGCUGUUGUCCUGCUGCUGCCCAGGCGGGCACAGGCCAGACAGAUGUGCGGAGCCUCUGCAGCCUCCACGGAGUGUUCGACCUGAGCCGUUGCACCUGUUCCUGCGAGCCAGGCUGGGGUGGGCCCACCUGCUCCGACCCCACAGACGCUGCCCUGCCCCCCUCCUCGGCGCCCUCAGCCUCUGGGUCCUGCCCCGACGACUGUAACGAUCAGGGCCGCUGCGUGCGCGGUCGCUGUGUGUGCUUCCCCGGCUACACGGGCCCCAGCUGCAGUUGGCCCUCGUGCCCCGGGGACUGCCAAGGCCGCGGGCGCUGCGUGCAGGGUGUGUGCGUGUGCCGGGCUGGCUUCUCCGGGCCCGACUGCAGCCAGCGCUCCUGCCCUCGAGGCUGCAGCCAGAGGGGACGCUGCGAAGACGGGCGCUGCGUGUGCGACCCGGGCUACACCGGCGAGGACUGCGGGCAGAGGGGCUGCCCCCGAGGCUGCAGCCAGAGAGGACGCUGCGAGAAUGGGCGCUGCGUGUGCGACCCGGGCUACACCGGCGACGACUGCGGGCAGAGGAGCUGCCCCCGAGGCUGCAGUCAGAGGGGGCGUUGUGAGGACGGGCGCUGCGUGUGCGACCCCGGCUACACUGGCGACGACUGCGGCGGGCGGGUCUGUCCCUGGGAUUGUGGCGAGGGCGGGCGCUGCGUGGACGGCCGCUGCGUGUGCUGGCCUGGGUACGCGGGCGAGGACUGCAGCACGCGGACGUGCCCGCGCGACUGCCGGGGCCGCGGGCGCUGCGAGGACGGCGAAUGCAUCUGCGACCCGGGCUACGGCGGGGACGACUGCGGCGUGCGCCGCUGCCCCGGCGACUGCAGCCAGAGGGGCCGCUGUGAGGACGGGCGCUGCGUGUGCUGGCCGGGGUACACCGGGCCCGACUGCGGCACGCGCGCCUGUCCGCGCGACUGCCGGGGCCGCGGGCGCUGCGAGAACGGCGUGUGCGUAUGCAACGCGGGCUACAGCGGCGAGGACUGCGGCGUGCGCAGCUGUCCCGGGGAUUGUCGUGGCCGGGGCCGCUGCGAGAGCGGCCGCUGCGUGUGUUGGCCGGGAUACACGGGCCGGGACUGCGGUACGCGCGCCUGCCCUGGAGAUUGUCGCGGGCGCGGACGCUGCGUGGACGGCCGAUGCGUGUGCAACCCAGGUUUCACGGGCGAGGACUGCGGGAGCCGUCGAUGCCCUGGGGACUGCCGGGGCCGCGGACGCUGCGAGAACGGCGUGUGCGUGUGCAACGCGGGCUACAGCGGGGAGGACUGCGGGCUGCGCAGCUGCCCCGGGGACUGCCGAGGCCGCGGCCAGUGCCUGGAUGGGCGCUGUGCGUGCGACGACGGCUACUCUGGCGAGGACUGCGGCGUGAGGCGGUGCCCGCAAGACUGCAGCCAGCAUGGCGUGUGCCAGGAUGGGGUGUGCAGCUGUGGGAAGGGCUACGCCGGCGAGGACUGCGCCACUCGCACCUGCCCCUUCAACUGCCACGGGCGUGGCCGCUGUGAGGACGGGCGUUGUGUGUGCGACCAAGGCUACACCGGCCCCGCCUGCGCCACGCGCACCUGCCUGGCCGAUUGCCGGGGCCGCGGGCGCUGCGUGCAAGGAGUGUGUGUGUGCCAUGCGGGCUACAGCGGCGAGGACUGCGGGCAAGAAGAGCCUCCCGCCAGCGCCUGUCCCGGGGGCUGCGGGCCCCGGGAACUGUGCCGCGCCGGCCAGUGUGUGUGCGUGGAGGGCUUCCAAGGCCCCGACUGCGCCAUCCAGACGUGUCCCAGGGACUGCCUCGGCAGGGGAGAGUGCCGGGAGGGCAGCUGCCAUUGCCAAGACGGCUACGCCGGAGAGGACUGUGGGGAAGAGAUCCCCACCAUUGACAACAUGAGAAUGCACCUGCUGGAGGAGACCACUGUUCGCACAGAGUGGACCCGGGCUCCGGGCCCCGUGGAUGCCUACGAAAUCCAGUUCAUCCCCACGACAGAGGGGGCGAGCCCCCCAUUCACAGCACGGGUGCCUAGCUCUGCCUCAGCCUACGACCAGAGAGGACUGGCUCCGGGUCAGGAGUACCAGGUCACCGUCCGUGCCCUCCGUGGGACCAGCUGGGGGCCCCCUGCCUCUAAGACCAUUACCACCAUGAUCGAUGGGCCCCAGGACCUCCGCGUGGUGGCCGUGACACCAACCACGAUGGAUCUCAGCUGGCUGCGCCCCCAGGCCGAAGUGGACCGAUUCGUGGUGUCCUAUGUGAGUGCCGGCAACCAGAGGGUGCGGCUGGAAGUGCCCCCGGAAGCAGAUGGAACAGUGCUGACCGAACUGAUGCCAGGUGUGGAAUAUGUGGUGACCGUCACCGCUGAGAGGGGCCGUGCCGUCAGCUACCCAGCCUCCAUCAGAGCCAACACAGGGUCCUCACCCUCAGGCUUCUUGGGGGCUACCGAUGAACCUCCUCCCUCAGGCCCCUCGACGACCCAAGGAGCCCAGGGCCCUCUUCUGCAACAGCGCCCCCAGGAGCUCGGAGAGCUGCGGGUACUGGGCAGAGACGAGACAGGGCGCCUGCGCGUGGCCUGGACCGCCCAGCCCGACACCUUCGCCCACUUCCAGCUCUACCUGCGGGUGCCCGAGUGGCCAAGGGCGCAUGAGGAGCUGCUGCCAGGGGACAGCCGCCAGGCCUUGGUGCCCCCACCCCCUCCUGGAGCCCCCUACGAGCUGUCACUUCAUGGGGUCCCUCCCAGGGGCAAGCACUCUGCCCCCAUCACCUACCAAGGCAUUAUGGACCUGGAUGAGGAGAAGCCUGGGAAAUCCUCGAGCCCACCGCGCCUGGGCGAGCUGACGGCGACGGGCCUGACCUCCGACUCCCUGCUCCUGCACUGGACGGUCCCCGAGGGCGAGUUCGACUCCUUUGUGGUCCAGUACAAGGACAAGGAGGGGCCCCAGGUGGUGCCUGUGGAGGGGCCGCAGCGCUCCGUCCCCAUCACCUCCCUGGAGCCGGGCCGCAAGUACAAGUUCGUCCUGUACGGGCUCGUCGGCAAGAAGAGGCACGGCCCCCUGGUGGCUGAAGGCAAGAUCUUGCCUCGGAGUGACCCCAGCCCCGGGACAGCACCUCGCCUCGGGAAGCUGUGGGUGACCGACCCUACCCCAGACUCACUGCAGCUCUCCUGGACUGUCCCUGAGGGCCAGUUCGACUCCUUCGUGGUCCAGUACAGGGACAGAGACGGGCGGCCCCAGGUGGUGCCCGUGGAGGGACCUGAGCGCUCCAUCAUCGUGUCUCCCCUGGACGCUGACCACAAGUACAGGUUCGCCCUGUUUGGGAUGGCCAACAAGAAGCGCUAUGGCCCCCUCACGGCUGACGGCACCACCGCCCCAGAGAAGAAAGAGGAGCCCUCCCGACCCGUGUCCCCUGAGCAGCCCGUCCUAGGGGAGCUGACAGUGACUGGCGUGACCCCAGAUGCCCUGCGCCUGUCCUGGACCGUGGCCCAGGGCCCCCUCGACUCUUUCGUGGUCCAGUACAAGGACGCGCAGGGGCAGCCUCGGGCAGUGCCCGUCGGAGGGGACGAGAAUGAGGUCACCAUCCCCGGCCUGGAGCCCGAUCGGAAGUAUAAGAUGAACCUCUACGGACUUCAUGGAAGGCAGCGUGUGGGGCCCGUGUCUGUGGUGGCCAAGACGGCCACGCAGGAGGUGGUGGACGAGACCCCCAGCCCCACAGAGCCCAGCACGGAGGCCCCAGAGCCCCCCGAGGAGCCCCUCCUGGGGGAACUAACAGUGACAGCAUCGUCCCCGGACUCGCUGGGCCUCUCCUGGACUGUCCCCCAGGGCCACUUCGACUCCUUCAGCGUCCAGUACAAGGACAGGGACGGGCGGCCCCAAGUGGUGCGAGUCGGGGGCGAGGAGAGCGAGGUGACCGUGUGGGGCCUGGAGCCGGGACGCAAGUACAAGAUGCACCUGUAUGGCCUGCACGAGGGCCGGCGCGUGGGCCCCGUGUCCACCGUGGGCGUGACCGCCCCACAGGAAGAAGAGGAGACCCCUCCAGCCACAGAGCCCCCCCUGGAGCCACGCCUGGGGGAGCUGACCGUGACGACCGUGACCUCCAACUCUGUGGGCCUCUCGUGGAUGGUCCCCGAGGGCCACUUUGACUCGUUCAUGGUCCAGUAUGAGGACAGGGAUGGGCAGCCCCAGGUGGUACCUGUGGCUGCAGACCAGCUCAAGGUCACGGUCCCCAACCUGGAGCCAGCAAGCACAUACAAGAUGGACUUCUACGGGGUGCAUGGCGGGCAGCACGUGGGCCCCCUCUCUGUGGUGGCCAUGACAGAUCCCCUCCCCUCAGCCCCAGCCACCACAGAGGCCACAGAGCCCCCCGUGGAGCCACGUCUGGGGGAGCUGACGGUGACAGAUGCCACCCUGGAUUCUGUGGGCCUCUCAUGGACAGUCCCCGAGGGCGAGUUUGACUCCUUCGUGGUCCAGUACAAGGACAGGGAUGGACAGCCCCAGGCGGUGCCGGUGCCCUCAGACCAGCGGGCGGUCACCGUCCCCGGCCUGGAGCCCUCCCGCAAGUACAAGUUCCUGCUGUUUGGGAUCCGGGAUGGGAAACGACGCAGCUCAGUCUCCACGGAGGCAAGGACAGCCGCCCGGGGUGACGCCAGCCCAGGGGCCCCACCCCGCCUUGGGGAGCUGUGGGUGACGGACCCCACCCCAGACUCACUGCGCCUCUCCUGGACGGUCCCCGAGGGCCGCUUCGACUCUUUCGUGGUCCAGUUCAAGGACAAGGACGGGCCCCGGGUGGUGCCUGUGGAGGGCCACUUGCACUCUGUCACCGUGAGCCCUCUGGACGCCGGCCGCAAGUACAAGUUCCUCCUCUACGGCCUCGCGGGCAAGAAGCGCCACGGCCCCCUCUCCGCUGACGGCACCACAGAGACCCUGCGUGCUGUGGAGGAUACCGGAACGAAGCGCCCGCCAAAACCGCGUCUGGGGGAGGAGCUGCAGGUGACCGGCGUGGGCCCGGACUCCGUGGGCCUCUCGUGGACGGUGCCCGAGGGCCAAUUUGACUCCUUCGUGGUCCAGUACAAGGACGGGGCUGGACAGCCGCAGGUGGUACCCGUGGAGGGCAGCCUCAGGGAGGUCAGCGUCUCGGGCCUGGAGCCAGCCCACAGGUACAAGCUGCUACUCUACGGGCUGAGCGACAGCAGGCGUGUGGGGCCCAUCUCCGCCAUCGCCGUGACCGCUCCCAGGGGUGAAGCGGAAGCAGAAGCCGAGGCCCCGACACCUCCAGUGUCUGAGCCCCGCCUUGGGGAGCUGAAAGUGGAGGAGGCCACGCAACACAGCCUGCGUCUCUCCUGGGUGGUGACCCAGGGGGAUUUAGAUUCCUUCGGGGUCCGGUCCACAGAGGAACAUGGGCUUCUCCAAGGGGCCCCCUUAGGGGGGGCCCGAAGCGACAUCCCGCUUUCUGGCCUGGAAUCUGCCCCCCAAUCCCUGGUGCCCCUUUAUGGUUUCCGGGACGGGCAGCGUGGGGGUCCUGCCCCCCCCGGGGCCCUCAAGGUCCCUGAGGAGGAUCAGCCUUCAGAACCUCCCCCCACCAAGCCGCGCCUGGGGCAGCUGGCCGUGACAGACGCCACCCCCGACUCCCUGAGUCUGUCCUGGACGGUCCCCGAGGGCCACUUUGACCACUUCCUGGUCCAGUACAAGAACGGGGAUGGGCAGCCCAAGGCGGUGCGGGUGCCGGGGCAUGAGGACGCCGUCACUAUCUCGGGCCUGGAGCCAGACCACAAGUACAAGAUGAACCUGUAUGGCUUCCACGGGGGCCAGCGUGUGGGGCCCGUGUCUGCUGUCGGGGUGACGGCUGCAGAAGAGACCCCCGCCCCCACAGAGGUGGACGAGACCCCCAGCCCCACAGAGCCCAGCACGGAGGCCCCAGAGCCCCCCGAGGAGCCCCUCCUGGGGGAGCUGAUGGUGACAGCAUCGUCCCCGGACUCGCUGGGCCUCUCCUGGACCGUCCCCCAGGGCCACUUCGACUCCUUCAGCAUCCAGUACAAGGACAGGGACGGGCGGCCCCAGGUGGUGCGAGUCGGGGGCGAGGAGAGCGAGGUGACUGUGUGGGGCCUGGAGCCGGGACGCAAGUACAAGAUGCACCUGUACGGCCUGCACGAGGGCCGGCGCGUGGGCCCCGUGUCCACCGUGGGUGUGACCGCCUCUGAGGAGGAACCUCCCGUUGUCCACCUCCCAAAGCCACGUCUUGGAGAGAUGACAGUAACAGACGCCACCCCCGACUCCCUGAGCCUGUCCUGGACGGUCCCCGAGGGCCACUUUGACCACUUCCUGGUCCAGUACAAGAACGGGGACGGGCAGCCCAAGGCGGUGCGGGUGCCGGGGCACGAGGACGCCGUCACCAUCUCGGGCCUGGAGCCGGACCACAAGUACAAGAUGAACCUGUAUGGCUUCCACGGGGGCCAGCGUGUGGGGCCCGUGUCUGCCGUCGGGGUGACGGGUGAAGGUAGAGACAGAGAGAGAGCCCCAACAGAACCUGCCCCCACCACCCCCGAGCCCCCCACCAAGCCGCGCCUGGGGCAGCUGGCCGUGACAGACGCCACCCCCGACUCCCUGAGUCUGUCCUGGACGGUCCCCGAGGGCCACUUUGACCACUUCCUGGUCCAGUACAAGAACGGGGAUGGGCAGCCCAAGGCGGUGCGGGUGCCGGGGCACGAGGACGCUGUCACCAUCUCGGGCCUGGAGCCGGACCACAAGUACAAGAUGAACCUGUAUGGCUUCCACGGGGGCCAGCGUGUGGGGCCCGUGUCUGCUGUCGGGGUGACGGCUGCAGAGGAAGAAACCCCCGCCCCCACAGAGGUGGACGAGACCCCCACCCCCACAGAGCCCAGCACGGAGGCCCCAGAGCCCCCCGAGGAGCCCCUCCUGGGGGAGCUGACGGUGACAGCAUCGUCCCCGGACUCGCUGGGCCUCUCCUGGACCGUCCCCCAGGGCCACUUCGACUCCUUCAGCAUCCAGUACAAGGACAGGGACGGGCGGCCCCAGGUGGUACGAGUCGGGGGCGAGGAGAGCGAGGUGACCGUGUGGGGCCUGGAGCCGGGGCGCAAGUACAAGAUGCACCUGUAUGGCUUCCACGAGGGCCGGCGCGUGGGCCCCGUGUCCACCGUGGGCGUGACCGCCAUGCAGGAGGUGGUGGAUGAGACCCCCAGCCCCACAGAGCCCAGCACGGAGGCCCCAGAGCCCCCCGAGGAGCCCCUUCUUGGGGAGCUGACGGUGACAGCAUCGUCCCCGGACUCGCUGGGCCUCUCCUGGACCGUCCCCCAGGGCCACUUCGACUCCUUCAGCGUCCAGUACAAGGACAGGGAUGGGCGGCCCCAGGUGGUGCGAGUCGGGGGCGAGGAGAGCGAGGUGACUGUGUGGGGCCUGGAGCCGGGGCGCAAGUACAAGAUGCACCUGUAUGGCCUGCACGAGGGCCGGCGCGUGGGUCCUGUGUCCACCGUGGGCGUGACCGCUCCGGAGGCUGAAGCUGUGACCAUUCAGGCCCCUCCCACCACCACCCCUGAGCCCCCCACCAAGCCGCGCCUGGGGCAGCUGGCCGUGACAGACGCCACCCCCGACUCCCUGAGCCUGUCCUGGACGGUCCCCGAGGGCCACUUUGACCACUUCCUGGUCCAGUACAAGAAUGGGGAUGGGCAGCCCAAGGCAGUGCGGGUGCCGGGGCACGAGGACGCCGUCACCAUCUCGGGCCUGGAGCCAGACCACAAGUACAAGAUGAACCUGUAUGGCUUCCACGGGGGCCAGCGUGUGGGGCCCGUGUCUGCUGUCGGGGUGACGGCUGCAGAGGAAGAGACCCCCGCCCCCACAGAGGUGGACGAGACCCCCAGCCCCACAGAGCCCAGCACGGAGGCCCCAGAGCCCCCCGAGGAGCCCCUCCUGGGGGAGCUGACGGUGACAGCAUCGUCCCCGGACUCGCUGGGCCUCUCCUGGACCGUCCCCCAGGGCCACUUCGACUCCUUCAGCGUCCAGUACAAGGACAGGGACGGGCGGCCCCAAGUGGUGCGAGUUGGGGGCGAGGAGAGCGAGGUGACCGUGUGGGGCCUGGAGCCGGGGCGCAAGUACAAGAUGAACCUGUAUGGCUUCCACGGGGGCCAGCGUGUGGGGCCCGUGUCUGCUGUCGGGGUGACAGCUGCAGAAGAAGAAACCCCCGCCCCCACAGAGGUGGACGAGACCCCCAGCCCCACAGAGCCCAGCACGGAGGCCCCAGAGCCCCCCGAGGAGCCCCUUCUUGGGGAGCUGACGGUGACAGCAUCGUCCCCGGACUCGCUGGGCCUCUCCUGGACCGUCCCCCAGGGCCACUUCGACUCCUUCAACGUCCAGUACAAGGACAGGGACGGGCGGCCCCAAGUGGUGCGAGUCGGGGGCGAGGAGAGCGAGGUGACCGUGUGGGGCCUGGAGCCGGGACGCAAGUACAAGAUGCACCUGUAUGGCCUGCACGAGGGCCGGCGCGUGGGCCCCGUGUCCACCGUGGGCGUGACUGCUCCGGAGGCUGAAGCUGUGACCAUUCAGGCCCCUCCCACCACCACCCCUGAGCCCCCCACCAAGCCGCGCCUGGGGCAGCUGGCCGUGACAGACGCCACCCCCGACUCCCUGAGCCUGUCCUGGACGGUCCCCGAGGGCCACUUUGACCACUUCCUGGUCCAGUACAAGAAUGGGGAUGGGCAGCCCAAGGCAGUGCGGGUGCCGGGGCACGAGGACGCCGUCACCAUCUCGGGCCUGGAGCCAGACCACAAGUACAAGAUGAACCUGUAUGGCUUCCACGGGGGCCAGCGUGUGGGGCCCGUGUCUGCUGUCGGGGUGACGGCUGCAGAAGAAGAAACCCCCGCCCCCACAGAGGUGGAUGAGACCCCCAGCCCCACAGAGCCCAGCACGGAGGCCCCAGAGCCCCCCGAGGAGCCCCUCCUGGGGGAGCUGACGGUGACAGCAUCAUCCCCGGACUCGCUGGGCCUCUCCUGGACCGUCCCCCAGGGCCACUUCGACUCCUUCAACGUCCAGUACAAGGACAGGGACGGGCGGCCCCAAGUGGUGCGAGUCGGGGGCGAGGAGAGCGAGGUGACCGUGUGGGGCCUGGAGCCGGGGCGCAAGUACAAGAUGCACCUGUACGGCCUGCACGAGGGCCGGCGUGUGGGGCCCGUGUCUGCCAUCGGGGUGACAGCUGCAGAAGAAGAGACCCCCGCCCCCACAGAGGUGGACGAGACCCCCAGCCCCACAGAGCCCAGCAUGGAGGCCCCAGAGCCCCCCGAGGAGCCCCUCCUGGGGGAGCUGACGGUGACAGCAUCGUCCCCGGACUCGCUGGGCCUCUCCUGGACCGUCCCCCAGGGCCACUUCGACUCCUUCAGCGUCCAGUACAAGGACAGGGACGGGCAGCCCCAAGUGGUGCGAGUCGGGGGUGAGGAGAGCGAGGUGACUGUGUGGGGCCUGGAGCCGGGACGCAAGUACAAGAUGCACCUGUACGGCCUGCACGAGGGCCGGCGCGUGGGCCCCGUGUCCACCGUGGGCAUGACCGCCCCCUUGCCCACACAGCCUCCCUUGGAGCCCCGCCUGGGGGAGCUGUCUGUGGGAACAGUGAGCUCAGAUGCCGUGCACCUCUCCUGGACGGUGGCCCAGGGUCCCUUCGACUCCUUCCUGGUCCAAUACAAGGAUGCACAGGGACAGCCGCAGUCAGUGCCAGCAAGCAGAGACCUCCGUGAGGUCACUGUCUCGGGGCUGGAGCCGGCCCGCAAGUACAAGUUCCUUCUGUUUGGACUCCAAGAUGGGAAACGCCAUGGCCCAGUGUCUGUGGAUGCAAAAACUGCCGCAGAUAUGAAGCCCUCUCCCCGCCUGGGGGAGCUGACCGUGACAGACACAACUGCUGACUCUGUGCACCUCUCCUGGACGGUCCCCGAGGGUGAAUUCGACUCCUUUGUGGUCCAGCACAAGGACAGAGCUGGCCAGCUGCAAAUGGUGCCCGUGGCUGCAGACCAGCGCGAACUCACCGUCCACGGCCUGGAGCCCAGUAGGAAGUACAGGUUCCUGCUCUAUGGCCUGGCGGGCAGGAAGCGGCUGGGCCCCCUCUCUGCCGACGGCACCACGGCACCCCUGGAGGAGGAGCCGCAGCCCCCACCCCGCCUGGGCGAGCUGGCAGUGACGGACGAGAGCGUGGACUCCCUGCGCCUGGCGUGGACGGUGACCCAGGGCCGCUUUGAUGCCUUCGUGAUCCAGUACAGGGACGCAGACAGGCAGCCACAGGCAGUGCCUGUGGCUGCGGACCAGCGGGAGGCCACCAUAGAGGGCCUGGCGCCGGGCAGGAGAUACAAGUUCCUCCUCUAUGGGCUCCUCCGAGGGAAGCGCCUGGGCCCCAUCUCAGCCCUGGGAGUGACAGCCCCCGAGGAGGACACACCGGCCCCUGAUGAGGACACACCGGCCCCCGACGAGGACACACCGGCCCCCGAGACCCCUGAGACCCCUGAGCACCGUGAAGAGCUCCGCCUGGGGGAGCUGGCGGUGACUGAUACAGCCCCCGACUCCCUGCGCCUCUCGUGGAGUGUGGCCCAGGGCCCCUUCGACUCUUUCGUGGUCCAGUAUCAGGACGCAGAGGGGCAGCCCCAGGCCUUGCUGGUGGACAGCGACCAGAACGAGGUCCUCAUCACGGCCCUGGAGCCCAGCACCACCUACAAGUUCUUCCUCUACGGGCUCCAUGAAGGGAUGCGCCUGGGACCCCUCUCAGUGGAGGGCACCACAGGGCCAGCUCCUGCUGGUCAGACCCCAGGGGUACUGGGGCCCCGUCUGUCCCAGUUGUCGGUGACCGAUGUGACCACCAGUUCACUGCGGCUCAACUGGGAGGCCCCACUCGGGGCCUUUGACUCCUUCCUGCUCCGCUUCGGGGUCCCCUCGCCGAGCACCCUGGAGCCGCACCUGCGACCUCUGCUGCAGCGGGAGCUGAUGGUGCCGGGCACGCGGCGCUCGGCCGUGCUCCGGGACCUGCGGCCCGGCACCCUGUACAGCCUAACGCUGUACGGGCUGCGGGGGCCGUACAAGGCCGACAGCAUCCAGGGCACCGCCCGCACCCUCAGCCCAGUUCUGGAGAGCCCCCGUGACCUCCAAUUCACUGACAUCAGAGAGACCUCAGCCAAGGUCACCUGGUUGCCCCCGCCCUCUAGGGUGGACAGCUUCAAAGUUUCCUACCAGCUGGCGGACGGAGGGGAGCCACAGAGUGUGCAGGUGGACGGCCGGGCCGAGACCCAUCAACUCCAGGGGCUGGCGCCAGGCACUCGCUACGAGGUGACCGUGGUAUCCGUCCGCGGCUUCGAGGAGAGUGAGCCUCUCACAGGCUUCCUCACCACGGCUCCCGACGGCCCUACUCAGCUUCGUGCCCUGAACUUAACCGACGGAUCUGCCCUGCUGCACUGGAAGCCCCCACAGGCCCCAGUGGACAAAUACAACGUCCGGGUCACAGCGCCCGGGGCCCCGCCCCUCCAGGCUUCAGCCCCAGGCAGCGCUGUGGACUACCCACUGCAGGACCUCGAACUCCACAUCAACUACACGGCCACCGUGCGUGGCCUGCGGGGCCCCAACUUCACCUCCCCGGCUAGCAUUUCCUUCACCACAGGAUUGAAGGCCCCCCAAGACCUGGAGGCCAAGGAGGUGACCCCUCGCACGGCCUUGCUCACUUGGACUGAACCCCAAGUCCCACCCACAGGCUACCUACUCAGCUUGGACACCCCUGGAGAACAGACCCAGGAGAUCCUGCUCCCGGGAGGGGUCACCUCGCACCAGCUCCUCGGCCUGUUUCCUUCCACCCUGUACAACGUGCGGCUCCACGCCAUGUGGGGCCAGAGCCUGACACCGCCCUUGUCCACCUCCUUCACCACCGGCGGGCUUCGGAUCCCCUUCCCCAGAGACUGCAUCGAGGAGAUGCAGAACGGCGUCGGCUCCUCAGGGACCACCACCAUCUUCCUCAACGGCAACCGCGAGCGGCCCCUGGACGUGUUCUGCGACAUGGAGACUGAUGGCGGCGGCUGGCUGGUGUUCCAGCGCCGCAUGGACGGACAGACGGACUUCUGGAGGGACUGGGAAGACUACGCCCACGGUUUUGGGAACAUCUCUGGGGAGUUCUGGCUGGGCAACGAGGCCCUGCACAGCCUGACGCAGGCGGGCGACUACUCCAUGCGCGUGGACCUGCGGGCGGGGGAUGAGGCCGUGUACGCGCAGUACGACUCCUUCCGCGUGGACUCGGCUGCCGAGCACUACCGCCUCCACCUGGAGGGCUACCGGGGCACUGCAGGGGACUCCAUGAGCUACCACAGCGGCAGCGUCUUUUCCGCUCGGGAUCGAGACCCCAACAACUUGCUCAUCUCCUGCGCUGUCUCCUACCGCGGGGCCUGGUGGUACCGGAACUGCCACUACGCCAACCUCAACGGGCUCUACGGGAGCAUCGUGGACCACCAGGGAGUGAGCUGGUACCACUGGAAGGGCUUCGACUUCUCGGUGCCCUUCACGGAAAUGAAGCUGAGACCAAGAAGCUACAGGUCGCCAGCAGAGGGCGGCUGAGCCGCGGCCCGCCUCUCGCACCCCGGUGUGACGGCCGAGCACUGAGGGGUCGCGCGCGAGAGAGGAGGAGCCGGGGCUGCCCGGAAAAACCUUCUCUGCCCGCGAUCUCACAGCACCAUGUUUACAGGGGGGAGGGGAGGGUUUGUACAGGAGCAAUAAAGGAGAAACUGAGGCA